AUGUCGUUCCCCAAGCUAGACAAGGACACACUGGGCCAUGUAGCAGAAUUGACCAAGAACAAGAAUAUCUUGGCUGGAGCUGCAGCAGUGCUCUUGAUAGGCCUUCUCCCACGAUUCAACGCAUGGCUUACCAAGAGAAAAGUCAACAAUUUCCUUACUGACAAUAGUUGGGACUGGGCAAAGGAAAUCGUCGUUGCCACUGGCGGUAGCAGCGGUAUUGGCAAAGAAAUUGUCCUCAAGCUUGCAAAAAAGCACAUCAAGGUCAUAAUCGUUGAUCUGAAUGCUCCAAGCUUUCACCUUCCCUCCAACGUGUCUUUCUGUUCAGCAGACCUUUCCGACCCCGAGGAAAUUUCCAAAGCCGCCAAACAGAUUGUCUCUGAACAUGGCGACCCAACCGUUCUCAUUAACAACGCCGGAAUUGGCAACGCCAUGACCAUUCUAUCUUGUCCCGAGUCCAAGAUCCGCAAUGUCUUUGACGUAAAUAUCAUAGCACCUAUAUUUCUUGUUAAACACUUCCUGCCUGCUAUGAUACGAAGAAACUAUGGUCAUAUCGUCAACGUUGGCAGUCUAGCUUCCUUCGCAAGUCAGGCGUCUAAUGUCGAGUAUGGGUGUACCAAGUCUGGACUCCUAGCAUUCCACGAGGGCUUGCUACAGGAGCUGAGGCAUAUUUACAAAGCACCACUGGUGCGAGCAAGGCAUGAUGUCUUGGCUUGGUUUUCUUGUCCUGCAGUGUGGCUGAUCGUUUGUAGUAUCAUACACCCAACCUGGGUGAAGACUCCGUUGAUUGCGGACCUCAUUGCUAAGGGGAAAAUGAAGGAUACCACGAUAUCUGCCGAGUCUGUCGCUGAUGGUGUUGUGAAACAGCUCUAUUCUGGGUAUGGAGCUCAAAUCGUUGUACCAAGUUCCUCGGCCUGGACUUCUAUGAUACGCGGAUUCCCUGGUUGGAUCCAGGAAGGGUUACGUGACAAGGUGUCUCUUGGGCUACUAAACGCAAUGGCUAGUUGA